AACAUCUUAGAAAUUAGUCUAGUUGGAUCUAGGACUUCGCCCGAUCGAUUCGUUUGUCAACUCAGCUGAUCAACACACCUAGAGGUCUCCUUUAUGAGCUGAUCAACACAUUUUGUGAACUAUUUAUGGAGAUGACAAAUGUUCUGUGGUGGAUAAAGUUGGCGUCAGUGUUUCUGAUGAAGAGUUCACAAUCAGAUGGAGCAAUAAUUUGCACUCCACCAUGUCUGUUGGUAUCAAAUACAACUGAUAUAGUAGCAGUGGACCAUGGAAAAGCAAAGGUAAACUCAGUGAUUCUAGGCCUUACAAGAGCUGUUGCUAUAGACGUCCAUUUCAGCCUGGGCUUCAUAUUUUGGAGUGACGUGACGGAACUGAACAUCAAACGACUUCGGAUCGAUGACGAAAACACGACUACAGUUAUAACUAAUAUUGGUGUCUGCGAUGGAUUAGCCGUUCAAUGGAGGACAUCUCAGUUGUAUUGGACUGAUACAACGUAUAAUAGGAUAUCGGUAUCAGACCUGGAUGGAAACAACCAACUUACUUUAAUCUCCUCGGCAUUGGAAGAACCCAGAGCCAUAGCCCUUGAUCCGGACAACGAUGCAAUGAUUUGGACUGACUGGGGAAGCGCUCCCAAAAUUGAAAAAGCUUCCUUGAGCGGACAGCAAAGAGUCGCCAUCGUUACAAAAGAAGUCUACUGGCCGAAUGGAAUUGACCUCGACAGAGGAGGCAAAAGAGUCUAUUGGGUAGAUGCCGGUUACGACAGAGUGGAAUCGGUCGACUACAAUGGUAACAACAGGAAACUGCUUUUUCAGAUGCAUAGCCUACAUCCAUUCGGAGUAGCGUUGAUCCCUCCUUUCCUGUUCUUUACUGACUGGGUGACAAACAAGGAGUUGCACAUGCUGGACGCUACAACCGGAGAGGUACUCAAAAGUUUCAGUAUUAAUGGUGGGCGACCUAUGGGAAUUGUUGCAUACGACAGUGGGCGACAACCAGCAGCUUUAGGUCCUUGCUCUGUAAACAAUGGAGGAUGCAGUCAUUUCUGUGUUCCUAAAGCGUCCAACCAUGAAUGCGUGUGUCCUACGGGCCUAGCAGUAAAGCAAGAUGGAAAGACGUGUGAAGAAAAAGUAAAGAGGUUCAUUCUUUUUGCUGACGCCGACGACAAAUCAACAAAUAUCAUUUCACUGGAUGUAAGCUACUUCGUCGCUCAAACACUAUUCAACCAUGUAGGAAAUCAGCGUCCUAUCGCUUUGGACUAUGACCCUGUCGAAGAUCGCGUGUACUGGUCGGAUGCUGCUCAAGGUCUAAUCGUCAGCGCUUUUACCAAUGCAACCUCAUUGAAGAACCUUUUUCGUUGUAAUAUCUUAAGCCCCGAAGGUUUAGUAAUUGAUCAUGUAGCACGGAACAUUUACUGGACCGAUACUGGAACUAACAGAAUUGAAGUAGCGCGUCUUGACGGAUCAGGUAGGAAAGAAUUGAUCAAUACUGGACUUGAUGAACCAAGAGCCAUUCUACUGGAUGAAAGAAAUGGUAUGAUGUAUUGGACGGACUGGGGCGCCAAUCCGAAGGUAGAGAAAGCAGAAAUGGAUGGCUCGGGUAGAAGGUCCAUUGUUACGGCAAAUCUAGCCUGGCCAAACGGACUUACCCUGGACCAGGCUACAAACCGUUUGUUCUGGGCGGACGCGAAACUAGACACUAUAGAGAUGUCUGAUCUGGAUGGAGGAAACCGACAGACUGUUUUACCAUCUACAGCUGGAAUUCAUCCUUAUGGAUUAACAAUUUAUCAGGACAUUAUUUAUUGGACAGAUUGGAAUAGCCAGAGUGUUACAAGUUAUAAUGCAACUAGUGGUCAGAUGAACGUGGUGAUUCCUGAUCUACAGAAGCCGAUGGACAUUCACGUGUUUGAUCCUUCCUUGAUAUUCUCAGGGUCACAUUCCUGCUCGCAAAACAAUGGCAUGUGCAGUGAUUUGUGUCUUUUAAAGCCAAGAGGAUACCAGUGCGCAUGUCCGACGGGAAUCGUUCUUAAAGAGGACGGAAAAAAUUGCGACUAUGAUUUGUUCCAAAAGACAAGCGAUGAACUUUUUUUGCUCUUCGCCGAAGCGAAUCAUGGUGAAAUUUACAAGGUUCCUUUAGCAGUGGCGAACACACCUUGCUAUCUGCUUCAAAUCAACAUAAAUAUCUCUAGGCCCGUGGCUGUUGACUAUGACCCAGUUGAGGGUAAAAUCUAUUGGACAGAUGUGACCCUGAAACUGUUGGCAAGAGCAUUUCCAAACGGAUCGUCAGUUGAGGUCAUAGCGCACACUGACGUGGUAACGCCGGAUGGCCUUGCAGUAGAUUACAUUGGAAGAAUUCUCUACUGGACUGAUACUGGAACUAGCAAACUUGAGGUAGCACGACUAGACGGAUCAUUUCGGAAAAGCCUUAUCACAACAGGGAUUGAAAAUCCAAGAGCUAUAAUUCUAGAUAUACCUGAGAGACAAAUGUACUGGAGUGAUUGGGGAUCAUCACCAAAGAUUGAGCAAACUAACAUGGAUGGGUCUGCCAGGACAGUUAUUGUAAGCUCUGGACUUGUCUGGGUUAAUGCACUUGCUCUAGAUUCGCAGAAUAAGCUGCUGUAUUGGUGCGAUGCACAACUCGAUAAGAUAGAAAGGGCAAACCUUCAAGGAAAUAACCGAGAACUACUUCUAGAUUUGUCUUCUUACAACCAUCAUCCCUUUGGACUUUCCCUUUCUGGCGACACUCUCUACUGGUCUGACUGGAACAAUCAGAGUAUUCAUAAGUACAAUUUGACAUCUUCUCAAAGUGGUGUGUUGGUCUACGGAAUGGGGAGGCCGAUGGAAGUGCAUGUUUAUGAUCAGACAAAAACAAUCACAGGAUCAACGAGCUGCUCUCAAGUCAAUGGGGGCUGUAGUCAUCUUUGUCUUCCAAAUCCGAGUGGGCAUCAAUGUUUUUGUCCAGAGGGAGUUCAGCUGAAGCCUGGUAAUGCCUUUAUUUGUGAAGGAGUGAACCAUUGUCAACAGCUGUAUGCCCCGCCAAAUGGAAGUCUAGAGCAUUGUUCUAAUUUGCCAGGACAAAGCUGUGAGUUUUCCUGUAACAAAGGGUACACUUUGACGGGAUCAACAACAAGAACAUGUAACAGUAAUGGAACUUGGACAGGAACUCCGACUCAGUGUAACGUUGUAACAUGUCCAACUUUGAUCAUCCCACUGAAAGGGGUUUUACUGACCUCCUCUUGCGGCAACGUGUAUGGUUCAAAUUGUGUAUUUGGCUGUGAAAGUGGUUAUGGGAGUGUCGACGGAAAUGUCACAAGGACAUGCCUGGAAAGCAGUCUUUGGAGUGGGGAAAACAUCAACUGUACAGAUAUUCUUCCUCCAUCGUUUGAUGUCCCAUGUCCAGCCAGUCCUUUGGUAGCGUAUGCAGAGCGUGACGCGUUUUCCGCUGAGGUGAAUUGGACAGUACCAACGGCCACUGACAACUCAGGAUUAAAACCGUCGAUAGACUCUAAUUUCCAUCCACCUAGAAGAUUUCUCCAAGGAAAUUACGUUGUUACAUACUCUGCAGUAGACCAAUCAGGAAACAAAGCCACUUGCAGCUUCACGAUAGAAGUAAUAGUCAUCAAUUGCACAUCACUAAUGGUAGACCAAGGGGGUCCCUUGCGCAUGGGCAGUUGUGGUAAUCAUUAUGGUGCGCGUUGUAAAUUUUCCUGUGCCAAUGGUUAUCGUUUGAAUGGUUCGUCAGAUGUUUCAUGUGUUGCCCAAGGUGAUAAGCCUCCAGGCGUCUGGGACAACCCUGUACCUUCUUGUAAAGCAACAUUUUGCACUCCACCAUGUUUGUUGGUAUCAAAUACAACUGAUAUAGUAACAGUGGACCAUGAAAAAGCAAAGGUAAACUCAGUGAUUCUAGGCCUUACAAGAGCUGUGGCUAUAGACCUCCAUUUCAGCCUGGGCUUCAUAUUUUGGAGUGACGUGACGGAACGGAAUAUCAAACGAUUUUGGAUUGAUGAGGAAAACACGACUACAAUCAUAACCAAUAUUGGUGUCUGCGAUGGACUAGCCGUUCAAUGGAGAACAUCUCAGUUGUAUUGGACUGAUACAACGUAUGAUAGGAUCUCCGUAUCAGACCUGGAUGGAAACAACCAACUUACUUUAAUUUCCUCGACAUUGGAAGAACCCAGAGCCAUAGCCCUUGAUCCGGAUAACGAUGCAAUGAUUUGGACUGACUGGGGAAGCGCUCCCAAAAUUGAAAAAGCUUCCCUGAGCGGACAGCAAAGAGUCGCCAUCGUAACAAAAGAAGUCUACUGGCCGAAUGGAAUUGACCUCGAUAGAGGAGGCAAAAGAGUCUUUUGGGUAGAUGCCGGUUAUGACAGAGUGGAAUCGGUCGACUACAAUGGUAACAACAGGACACUGCUUUUUGAGAUGCGUAGCCUACAUCCAUUCGGAGUGGCGUUGAUCCCUCCUUUCCUGUUCUUUACUGACUGGUUGACAGACAGGGAGCUGCACAUGCUGGACGCUACAACCGGAGAUUUACUCAAAAGUUUCAGUAUUAAUGGUGGGAAACCUAUGGGAAUUGUUGCAUACGACAGUGGGCGACAACCAGCAGCUUCAGGUCCUUGCUCUGUAAACAAUGGAGGAUGCAGUCAUUUCUGUGUUCCUAAGGCGUCCAACCAUGAAUGCGUGUGUCCUACGGGCCUAGCAGUAAAGCAAGAUGGAAAGACGUGUGAAGAAAAAGUAAAGAGGUUCAUUCUUUUUGCUGACGCCGACGACAAAUCAACAAAUAUCAUUUCACUGGAUGUAAGCUACUUCGUCGCUCAAACACUAUUCAACCAUGUAGGAAAUCAGCGUCCUAUCGCUUUGGACUAUGACCCUGUCGAAGAUCGCGUGUACUGGUCGGAUGUUGCUCAAGGUCUAAUCGUCAGCGCUUUAACCAAUGCAACCUCAUUGAAGAUCCUUUUUCGUUGUAAUAUCCUAAGCCCCGAGGGUUUAGUGAUUGAUCAUGUAGCACGGAACAUUUACUGGACCGAUACUGGAACUAAUAGAAUUGAAGUAGCGCGUCUUGACGGAUCAGGUAGGAAAGAAUUGAUCAAUACUGGACUUGAUGAACCAAGAGCCAUUCUACUGGAUGAAAGAAAUGGCAUGAUGUAUUGGACGGACUGGGGCGCCAAUCCGAAGGUAGAGAAAGCAGAAAUGGAUGGCUCGGGUAGAAGGUCCAUUGUUACGGGAAAUCUAACCUGGCCAAACGGACUUACCCUGGACCAGGCUACAAACCGUUUGUUCUGGGCGGACGCGAAACUAGACACUAUAGAGAUGUCUGAUCUGGAUGGAGGAAACCGACAGACUGUUUUACCAUCUACAGCUGGAAUUCAUCCUUAUGGAUUAACAAUUUAUCAGGACAUUAUUUAUUGGACAGAUUGGAAUAGCCAGAGUGUUACAAGUUAUAAUGCAACUAGUGGUCAGAUGAACGUGGUUAUUACGGAUCUACAGAAGCCGAUGGAUAUUCACGUGUUUGAUCCCUCCUUGAUAUUCUCAGGAUCACAUCCCUGCUCACAAAACAAUGGCAUGUGCAGUGAUUUGUGUCUUUUAAAGCCAGGAGGAUACCAGUGCACAUGUCCGUCGGGAAUCGUUCUUAAGGAGGACGGAAAAAAUUGCGACUAUGAUUUGUUCCAGAAGACAAGCGGCAAACUUUUUUUGCUCUUCGCCGAAGCGGAUCAUGGUGAAAUUUACAAGGUUCCUUUAGCAGUGGCGAACACACCUUGCUAUCUGCUUCAAAUCAACAUAAAUAUCUCCAGGCCCGUGGCUGUUGACUACGACCCAGUUGAGGGUAAAAUCUAUUGGACAGAUGUGACCCUGAAACUGUUGGCAAGAGCAUUUCCAAACGGAUCGUCAGUUGAGAUCAUAGCGCACACUGACGUGGUAACGCCAGAUGGCCUUGCAGUAGACUACAUUGGAAGGAUUCUCUACUGGACUGAUACUGGAACUAGCAAACUUGAGGUAGCACGACUAGACGGAUCAUUUCGGAAAAGCCUUAUCACAACAGGGAUUGAAAAUCCAAGAGCUAUAAUUCUAGAUAUACCGGAGAGACAAAUGUACUGGAGUGAUUGGGGAUCAUCACCAAAGAUUGAGCAAGCUAACAUGGAUGGGUCUGCCAGGACAGUUAUUGUAAGCUCUGGACUUGUCUGGGUUAAUGCGCUUGCUCUAGAUUCGCAGAAUAAGCUGCUGUAUUGGUGCGAUGUACAACUCGAUAAGAUAGAAAGGGUAAACUUUCAAGGAAAUAACCGAGAACUUGUUCUAGAUUUGUCUUCGUACAACCAUCAUCCCUUUGGACUUUCCCUGUCUGGUGACACUCUCUACUGGUCUGACUGGAAGAGUCAGAGUAUUCAUAAGUACAAUUUGACAUCUUCUCAAAGAGACGUGUUGGUCUAUGGAAUGGGAAGGCCGAUGGAAGUGCAUGUUUACGAUCAGAAAAAAACAAUAGCAGGAUCAACAAGCUGCUCUCAACUCAAUGGAGGCUGUAGUCAUCUUUGUCUUCCAAAUCCGAGUGGACAUCAAUGUUUUUGUCCAGAGGGAGUUCAGCUGAAGCCUGGUAAUGCCUUCAUUUGCGAAGGAGAGAGGCAUUGUCAACAGCUGUAUGCCCCGCCACAUGGAAGUCUAGAGCCCUGCUCUAAUUUGCCGGAACAAACCUGUGAGUUUUCCUGUAACAAAGGGUACAUUUUGACGGGAUCAACAACAAGAACAUGUAACAGUAAUGGAACUUGGACAGGAACUCUAACUCAGUGUAACGACACAACUCCUCCUUCUUUCAAUAAUACUUGUCCAGAGAACAUGGUGGUCUAUACUCCUGAAUGCUCAUCCAGUGCUUUUGUUGGAUGGAAUGAACCAACUGCUGAUGAUAAUUCUGGUCACGUGAUUGUUAACCACCCUUCCAUUCGACCGUUAGCUCAGUUGAGCAUUGGAGUCUAUUUUAUAAUAUAUUCAGCUUCAGACGCCGACGGAAACAGAGCUAACUGCACCUUCGUGGUGAAAGUUGCGAGGAAAUCCUGCAUUACACUUCAGCCACCAUCACAUGGAAGUUUGGGCCUUUCCUGUGGCUUUUCAUUUGGUUCCCAAGCUAAUUUUACUUGUGACAGGGGAUAUCAGUUAAUCGGGUCUCGAGAGCGUUUUUGCAAAGAGGACGGCUCCUGGUCAGGAAACACCUCUACAUGUAAUAUUGUGAGGUGCCAAGCCAUUGAGCCUCCAUCUCAUGGAACUGUUUUUCCAAAUUCGUGCAGAUCAGUUUUUGGUGUUUAUUAUAAAACCCAGUGCUUUUUAUCGUGCAACGAUACCCCUGGUUACCGACUGGUAGGCGAAAGUAGCGUAUCCUGCCUCGAAAGUGGAUCGUGGAGUGCGGAUACAACAAAGACGAUUUGCAAGGGUACCAAACAGAAGAACAUAUAUCUUUAUAAUUGGUCAGUCGUACGCAAUAGUGACGUGGGAGGUACCAGUCCCUUCCGACAACUCUAA